AUGAGGUGCUGCUCUGUCUCCUGGGCCGCUGAGCCGGCCGUCGUCUUCAGCGUCUUCCGUUUAGAGCGAUACGGUGGUCCGUCUGUGGACAGGGACGCGGACAGAGAAGGUUUAGAGGGAUACGGUGGUCCGUCUGUGGACAGGGACACGGAGAGAAAAGGUUUAGAGGGAUACGGUGGUCCGUCUGUGGACAGGAACACGGAUAGGAGAGGUUCAGAGGGAUACGGUGGUCCGUCUGUGGACAGGGACGCGGACAGGAGAGGUUUAGAGGGAUACGGUGGUCCGUCUGUGGACAGGGACGCGGACAGGAGAGGUUUAGAGGGAUACGGUGGUCCGUCUGUGGAUAGGGACGCGGACAGCAGAGGUUUAGAGGGAUACGGUGGUCCGUCUGUGGACAGGAACACGGAUAGGAGAGGUUCAGAGGGAUACGGUGGUCCGUCUGUGGACAGGGACACGGAUAGGAGAGGUUUAGAGGGAUACGGUGGUCCGUCUGAGGACAAGAGAGGUUUAGAGGGAUACGGUGGUCCGUCUGUGGACAGGGACACGGAUAGGGAAGGUUUAGAGGGAUACGGUGGUCCAUCUGUGGACAGGGACACGGACAGGAGAGGUUUAGAGGGUUACGGUGGUCCGUCUGUGGACAGGGACACGGACAGGAGAGGUUUAGAGGGAUAUGGUGGUCCGUCUGUGGACAGGGACGCGGACAGAGAAGGUUUAGAGGGAUACGGUGGUCCGUCUGUGGACAGGGACACGGACAGGGAAGGUUUAGAGGGAUACGGUGGUCCGUCUGUGGACAGGGACGCGGACAGAGAAGGUUUAGAGGGAUACGGUGUUCCGUCUGUGGACAGGGACGCGGAUAGGAGAGGUUUAGAGGGAUACGGUGGUCCGCCUGUGGACAGGGACACGGAUAGGGAAGGUUUAGAGGGAUACGGUGGUCCGUCUGUGGACAGGGACACGGAUAGGAGAGGUUUAGAGGGAUACGGUGAUCCGUCUGUGGACAGGGACACGGACAGGGGAGGUUUAGAGGGAUACGGUGGUCCGUCUGUGGACAGGGACACAGACAGGAGAGGUUUAGAGGGAUACAGUGGUCCGUCUGUGGACAGGGACGCGGACAGGAGAGGUUUAGGGGGAUACGGUGGUCCGUCUGUGGACAGGGACACGGAGAGGGAAGGUUUAGAGGGAUACGGUGGUCCGUCUGUGGACAGGGACGCGGACAGGAGAGGUUUAGAGGGAUACGGUGGUCCGUCUGUGGACAGGGACACGGACAGGAAAGGUUUAGAGGGAUACGGUGGUCCGUCUGUGGAGAGGAACACGGACAGGGAAGGUUUAGAGGGAUACGGUGGUCCGUCUGUGGAGAGGAACACGGACAGGAGAGGUUUAGAGGGAUACGGUGGUCCGUCUGUGGACAGGGACGCGGACAGAGAAGGUUUAGAGGGAUACGGUGGUCCGUCUGUGGACAGGAACACGGACAGGGAAGGUUUAGAGGGAUACGGUGGUCCGUCUGUGGACAGGGACACGGACAGGAGAGGUUUAGAGGGAUACGGUGGUCCGUCUGUGGACAGGGAUACGGACAGGAAAGGUUUAGAGGGAUACGGUGGUCCGUCUGUGGACAGGGAUACGGACAGGGAAGGUUUAGAGGGAUACGGUGGUCCGUCUGUGGACAGGGACACGGAGAGAAAAGGUUUAGAGGGAUACGGUGGUCCGUCUGUGGACAGGGACGCGGACAGGAGAGGUUUAGAGGGAUAGGGUGGUCCGUCUGUGGACAGGAACACGGAUAGGAGAGGUUUAGAGG